CACUUCAUUAUGAAGAUAAAACUGACAGACGUCAAAUGUUACCUAUUUUAAUUAAAAAAACUCAAUAUUAAUAGGUAGUUUUGUUGUGGUAGUUAAAUAGUUUAUUAAUGAAAUUAAACUUAUUUACAAUCAAAAUUUCUUGUGACACAAUUGAGACGUAACAAAAUAAAGCUCUUCUGAGGUAUGAGUUUUUCAAAUCUUUCUUGGUGAUUAUUUUGAACUUUCGUUUCCCAAUAACUAUUUUUGGUCGUGACAAAUACUAAAAAAGGGCUGGACGGUAAUUAGAACUUUAUUGAAUUUUAAUAUUAGCUUUCCGUUGGAAUGAAAUUAAGAAAUAUAAUUUAAAAAUAUGAACAGUAUUGUGAAUGUGGCCAGUAUGUAAGACCUACUUUUCCUGUAACUUUUAUUGCUAUUCAAAACUACGAAAAAUAGUAUUUCAACGAAAUUAAAUUUUAAUAUAUUGUAGUCGACAUUCAGACUAAAAGUAUCAAGACACUAAAACACAUACACUGACGACAUUUUGAGAAAAAUUAAUACUAUUUUGAAAGUUUCACCCCUUCACUAUAGUUCAGCAAACGCCUUAUAUUGUUGCUUGUUGAAAUAUAUUUGCUACAAGAAAAGCUGAACAGUAUUUCUGUUAUCUGAAUAUUUAAAUCUUUGCCUCCAUUAUCACUAAAUCAUUUCAAUAAUAGGAUUGAAAAUUCUUUACAUAUAUUAUCUAGUAUUAGAUUUAUAUUUGAAAAAUACACCUCAUAAAUUACAUGUGUUUGUCAUUAUUGUAUUGUUAUUAUUGGACCCUCAAAAAAGCUGAUCGCCAACACAUUGACACAUUUGAGAUUUGGUGGUAGAGAAAAAUGAUAAGGAAUCAUGAGACUGAAUGAGUGAUUAACGAAUCUAUUCUUAAGGAGCUCAAGUGUCUGAUGAGGGUUUAGCAUUCGCACGCAGAGGAGUUGCCCGUUCUUUAGACACAUUGUCAGAAAGAGGUGACAACUCAGAAAAGCUGCUGAUACCAGAAGAUGCAGAAGACCCAAAAGCAAAGUCCAAUGUGCUGGUGGGAUCAGAUACACUACUCUCAAAACUCUAGUCCAUAAUGCCAACAGUGCAGUCAUGGAUAGGUAGGGCCGGUGUAGAACAAUCCAGAAGAAAGUUAUUAAGGGUUUAUUAAGCAAUUAAUUUCAGCAUUAAGGAUUAUCAAUACAAGGGAGGAGGAGGAGGUCAUUAUUCUUCUACAUAUACAUAUUAAAGAAGAAGAAACUGUUAUAUUGUUAGCAGUCCUUGAUAAGUGUGUAAAAUGGCGGAAGUAGGAUUCCCAGGUCAGCACACAACCACAACGACGGUCACUACCAAUACCACUGUCCAGACCAACAUAAGAUUUGACAUGUCAUAUCUUACAACACUGCCGGGAAUUUUGAAGGCUGUUCAAGUUGGUGCCAGUCUCCUUGGUUUCAUAUGUAUUCAAUUCUCAAAUUUGAAGACGUUAUCAAAAGGCUCAUAUUUCGGCUGGAUAUCGAUGAUAGCGUUCUGGUUCACGGGCAUCCUCCUCGGACUGUAUCUGUUCCACAUCGUCGAGAAGUUCUACAAGAUCCCCUGGCUGAAGAUGGAGUUUCUGUUCUGUGCCUUAUGGACGCUGCUGUAUUUGAUCGCGUCAAUAUUGGCGACUACGGUCUACGAUAAUCCACAUUCUGCCGCCGCUUUCUUCGGUUUCGUCGCGACCGUAGCGUACGGGCUGGACGCGUUCCUGAAGUGGCGCGGCGUGCGCGGCGGCGGCCUGGCGCAGGGCACGCGCGUCGUCUCCAAGCAGACCACCUCCGUGGAGGCGCCGCCGCCCCGGGAGGCCUACUAGUCCACUUGCUUUACAUAUCCCAGAAAUUUAUGAAAAUAACCUUAAGUUCAACAGUAUGUAUUCACUAUUUGAAACUGCACACUCACAUAUCGUAAGCUUUCGAAUGUUAUGUACUUAAAGCUCGCAGCGAGUUACUGUUAGGGCAUGUAAGACUUAGUCACAAGUUUAUCACAAUCUAAUUGUCGAGUUUUAAAUUAUUUUAAUUAUUCACUUUGACAUUUGAACCCAUCAAAAUGUUAUCGGUCGCAGCGCUUGCGGCAGAUACCGACGCGCGACGGGAGGAUCGUAUUACGUGUAGUUACGCAUUCGCGCGUUGAAGUCUGACGGGUGCAGCCAAAAUACAAUACUGUUGAGACAUCUGCUGUUGAAAGCUUAACGUGACGCAUAUAUACCAUUAGUCAUUCGAAAAUAGAGCAAACUACUUAAUAGGGGUGGGGGGCUGACCCGCCGGGGGGCACGGGGCGGGGGCCGACCCACCGGGGGGCAGGGGGCGGGGGCAGCCGGCGCCGGCCCUGCUUGUUGCGACCUCAUGCAUUUCGUAAACUAGGAUUUGUAUAAAGUUGUCUCGAGCGUCGUACAUGACGAACCCACGCGGACCGACACAUGCAACAAACUAAUUUUAUCUAUCUAUAUUCUGUUAUCUAUCAUUCUAACGGACCCAUCGAAAUUAAAUUUAUACUCUACUGUACUAUUUAUAAUUCCACUACACUACACACAAAUCAAACAUUUGUUUAUUUUUGUUACAUUUUUAUUGAAUUUUAAACAUAAUAUACUGUGGUUUUGACAUACUAAAACACGAUUCUAACAACGAAUUUCGCUUUAACUGUAUCGUUACGAACAUUUUGUCUCUGUCGCUCGUCGCUCUCGGCACGAGAGAGAGAGAGAAACAGCUGAAUGUACGUUUGUUUGUUUGAGCGUUAUUUUUAAGUAAGGUCAACAAAACAACUCUGUGUACCUGCGGUUUUAUAUUAACAUGUUUCGCUUAGUUUUUAAGAAUAUUAUUUUUGUUACUUCAUAAUGUCUUCAUAGUGAGUUAAGCGUACGUGUUAAACUUUAAAUGAAUAGUGAAGUAAGUUUUAAAAUAAACAUGGCCUUAUUAGAUAAUACACUUUGUCUGCGGUGCUGUUGUCCAUUGUAUUAUUACUCGUUCGAGAUUUGGAGCGAGGUCAGUCAGUAUUUUUUAUAUUUUAUGGUUUAAAAGCAGGCUCGCCGUACCGUUUGUUGAUAAAUAAAAUCGCGUACCCUAAUUAAAUACCGUAGAUUGGCGGGAAUCAGGACUUUUUCCAAAUCCAACACAAAUUUUCAAUGGUUUUUCUUACCAAUAAAAUUGAAAUUAAAAUGGUUCUGGGGGCUUAAAUUUUUAUAUACGAUGCGUUAUUAUACAUAGUUUAUUACAAAAUAUACACAAAAAUUGCAAAAAAAACUAGCUUGACCCGAUUCACCUUGGCUUUCGGGUGAAUCUGGUCACGUAUGGGGACAAUAGAAUUUUUCGAUAGGGCUACUAUUUAGUUGUUAGCUAGGUAAUUAACUUUUUAAUAUCUUUAAUGAGUAACAAAACUUUGAUGACUAAGUUAAACUAUGUAAUAUUCUUUAACACUAAAUAAUAGUCAUUUUUAGUUCAACAAAGUUAAAUCUAACAGCUCAAAAAAGUAUUGUGACGUCCCAGAUUUGUCCCUAUUCUAGCUCUAGUCUCUAUUCCCCCCAAUCAACUGUAUUUGAUGUUUUGGAAUUAAAAUAAAUAUGUAUAUAUAAGCGUCAACACCGCCAGCCGAGCUGUGCUCUCUGUAGAACGUAAAACCACAUUGACAUUUAUAAAAUUGUACUAUUUAUUAAUCACUUUUAUACUGUAAUCUUUUUAAAAUAAUUAUAUAUUUUUUAAUUGUUAAUAUUUGUUAAGUUUUGUACUAAAAUACAUAAUAAUAUAUUUUUACUAACGAGUUGUUAACGAUAUUAGCGUCGCACCGAGCGCCCGCAAGAUUCAAAAGCUAUGGAUAAUAAUUAUAAUCUAAUCAGAGAUUGCAAUUGAUUAAUUUCAUAAAUAUUAUAAGGCUGUUAUUUCAACGAAACAAUCUAACAGUGUGUAUAAUUAUCGUUUUGUUUUGUUGUUUGAAUAUUAACAUUGACUUUGGUCGAAAAUUUAUUGCAUUCAUUUGCAUUUGAUGAAGAAUUUUAUAUCUAUUACUUACACGAUUUUAAAAACAAUUUUUAAAAGUUUUGCUACUUCGGUGAGUGAACGUUCUGCUCUCCCGGGGUGAUUAAGGCACAAUUCAAAUCGUGUUUAGGUAUUUUAAUGAAGUUUUUAUCUAAAUGUUUUUUUUUUUUGUUUAAUUGAAUUUAAUCAUUUUAUUAUUAUGAAUUUUAUAAUAUUUUAAUAAAACGUUUGUAUUGUAA